AUGGCUGCUGGUGCGUCUGCGGACGAAGAAGAGGCUACCCACCCCCCAAAUGGAGGUCCUGCCUCCUCUGGCUUGCAGAAGGAGGAAGAGAAGCAGCAGCAGCCACACAGCGAUGCUAUGGAAAAACAGAACCGACAACAGCACGCAGGACAACAGCGAGGACAGGGCGACAAUCAACAACGCCAAGGAGGCUCCCAGCUCUAUAGUUCUCGCCAGCCGCAAGGCGAACUCCCCCAAUGGCCAGGCCAGCCGCGUGGAGCUUUGGGAAAACCAGGUCAAGUAUCUGUCAAUUAUCUCGACGUUAACUUGGACCAAAUGCCUGCGGUGGCCUACCACUACGAUGUGAAGAUCACGCCAGAGCGUCCUAAGAACUUCUAUCGUCAGGCUUUUGAGCAGUACAGAGUUGAACACUUGGGCGGUGCGAUUGCCGCAUUUGAUGGACGUGCAUCGUGUUACUCAGUUGUGAAGCUAAAAUGCAGCUCCCAGGGCCAAGAAGUGAAAGUAACAGAUCGCCACGGCCACUCUACGUUCAUAUUCAUAAUUACCCGUCCAAAAAAAAAACUACAAAACAUACGGCUGUAAACUGUGGUGGCCCAAGGAGAUACAAAACUACAUAAAUACGGGCACUCUACGUUCAUAUUCAUAAUUACCCGUCCAAAAAAAAAACUACAAAACAUACGGCUGUAAACUGUGGAGGCCCAAGAAGAUACAAUUCAGCUUCAUCUGAUCGUUUUUCUACACAAACCUACAUAAA